GCGCGGUGGGGACGCCGGCGAGACUUCUUUCCAUUUCUUUACAGAGCCGCGGCUCCAGACGUUGGCUGGCAUUCGCCGCGGGGCUUGGCUUUCUACUACGCCUGUCGACCGACAUCGCUGCGGCUUCUCCUUCUCCUUCUCCUUCUGCUGCUGCUGCUGCUUCUGCUUCUUCUGCUUGGUCUUCGUCUUCGGCUCUGGCCUGUUCUGUUCUGUUCGUCCUUCCUGUGCUCGUACGCGAGAGCUGUCGUUUGUCGCUGCCGCUGCCAGUGUCCUCUCGUAAGGUCGUUCCGCUUUUCUACUACUGCCUGGUACUACGCGCUCUGGAGCUGCUGGCUCCAAACGUUUCUCUUGUUUGGGGCACGCGGAGCGAUCGAGCUGCGUGAGAGAGAGAGAGAGAGAGAGAGAGUGGUGAGCAGAGAAUUUCUGCAGCGGGAAAUUUGCGGAGUAGAUGCUCGACGAAUUAGUGUGGUCCUCGCUGCUGUAUCCUCGCUUCUGCGUGAUCUCGCGACGGAGCUCGAGUGAGUCCCCGGUGCUCGUCGGCGCUGUACGAUGGACAAUCCCCAUAACCUGCCUCCUCCUCCUCCCCUGCCUCCGUCGAUGAGGCCCGGGGCUUCUUCUUCUUCUUCUGCUCCCAAUACAGGACAAGGAGCCACAUUGACGCCAGGGCUGCCGGGUCCUCCUCCUACACGUGGAGUUUCGGGGCCUCCCCAAAGGCCUUCUUCUGGGCGGCCUUCUGGUCCACCUGGAUCCUCUUCUUCGAGCUCUGCACAUAGCUUGGCAAUCGCCAAACAGUAUCCGCAAAUGCGACGGAAUGGCCUGGGCAUGAAAGGCAUGAAAUGCGAACUCGACGUGAAUCACUUCAAAGUGAAAUUUAAUCCUCGUGAUGACGUCUACCACUACAAUGUUACCAUCGAUCCCCCAACCAAGAAAGUGGUUAGCCGGAAGAUAAUGAUGAAACUGUACGAAAUCUAUGGCGAGAAGACCCUCAUGGGAAAAAAAUUCGCUUACGAUGGGGAGAAGAGUCUCUUUAGUGUUGGGUCAUUGGAUUUCAACAGUAGAGAGUUUCAGGUCUCCCUGGAAGAUGAUCCCGGGCGUGGUCCCCGACGCAUCAAUGUGGUACGAGAAGAAUACGCGGAUGAUGAAGACGGGAGGGCUGCGCAAAGAAGGAGGGCUGGAGGUCGAGAUUUUAGAGUACAGAUUGAAUUUGCUGCGAAGGUGAACAUGAAGGCUAUUGACUUGGUUUUGAAAGGAGAGCGCGAUGAUACUGCACAAGAUGCUCUGCGCGUUCUUGAUAUCGUGCUGCGUGAGCAUGCGGCUAGGAGGAGUUACCUCUUGAUCCGAGAUUGUUACUUCCACAAAUCUCUCGGACCCGUCGGAGAAAUCGGAGAGGGAGUCCAAUCAUGGAGGGGCUACCACGUGUCGUUCAGACCAACAUCCGGAAACUGCUUAACGCUAAAUUUUGAUCUGUCGACUACAACCUUGAUCAAGCCUUUGCCUGUAUUAUUGUUCAUUCAAGAGCACUGCAAGAAGGAAGUUCGCAAUUUCAGAGAUGCGGACUGGCAAAAGGCGAAGAGGGUCCUGAAGGGUCUGCAAGUGGAAACCUACUCCGGGCGAAAGGAGAAGAUUUUGGGGUUCAGUCCGCAGGCUUGCGAUGUUACUUCAUUUGCGAAGAAGAUGAAGAACGCUGCAGGUGAUGUGGUUGAGUCUGUUGACAUAACCGUAGCAGACUACUUCAUUAAAGAACGGAACCUGACGUUGAAGUACACUAAUCUGCCAUGCCUUGACGUCGGCAGAGCCAGCAAGCCCGUGUAUCUGCCUAUCGAGCUGUGCAAACUCGUGGAGGGUCAAAGAUAUAAAAGAAAUCUGAAUGGGAUUCAACGGAAGAACCAUAUCGACCAAGCCAGGCAGGGUCCCGAUGAACGGCGGAAGAUUGUGCAAGAUGCGAUGGACGUCAAUGAUUACAAUUCAGACGAACUCGUGACAGAGUUCAACGUUCAGAUUGACAAGAAAAUGGCUCGUGUACAGGGCCGUGUCUUGGAGCCCCCAAGUUUAACUUUCGGGAAUAAGGAGGAGAAACCAAUGAACGGCCGCUGGAACUUCAAUUCGAAGAAAAUGAAGGUUGCAGUCACAAUCGACAAGUGGGCGGUUGCCAACUUCGGUCGUGUGCCCGUGGAUGCGCUUGCAACUCAGCUGAGGGCUGUGUGUGCACAGAAGGGAAUGACUCUGUCUCAAGCUGUCAUAGUCAACGAGAACCGGAAUAUGUCCAACCGUUCUGCUGAGGAUCGCGUGGCCGAUAUGCUGUACCAGCAGCUGAAGGUUCAUCAGCCUCAGUUUGUUCUGGCAAUCUUGCCUGAGAAGUCCUCUGAACUGUAUGCCCCUUUCAAGAAGAUCUGUGAAACUGUGAUCGGAAUUGUCACUCAGUGCAUCGUCCCGCCUCGUAAUGUUAAGGACCAGUACUUGACCAAUGUGGCUUUAAAAAUCAACCUGAAGUGGGGAGGCUACAACACUGUUUUGACGCAGGAGGAGAAGAGGUUGUUGCCGAAGGUGUCAGCUGUGCCUACGGUGAUAUUCGGUUUGGAUGUGUCGCAUGGAUCUCCUGGUGAUGCGAACUCUCCGUCAAUAGCCGCAGCUGUUGCUUCCAUGAACUGGCCAUUUAUGUCCCAGUAUGCACCAAGAGUCCGAGCUCAAGCGCCAAAAACGGAAAUGAUUGAGGGUCUGUACGAAGAAAUCGAUGGAAAACCAGGGGGCAUGGUCAUGGAACUCCUGAAGGAAUUUUACAGUACUUGCCAGGGAUCUAUCAAAGACAGGAAACCUCAGCAGAUCAUUAUUUACAGGGAUGGAGUGAGUGAGUCUCAGUUCGAACAGGUCAUUGAGAAAGAACUGAUCGCCUUCAAGAAAGCUUGCAGAGCACUUGAACCUAACCAAGAUUAUAAUCCCGGAAUAACCCUUGUAGUUGUGCAAAAGCGGCAUCAUACUCGGUUUUUUCCCGCAAAGGGUGGUGGGAAUGUUAAGCCAGGUACCGUUGUGGACACGGACGUUUGCCAUCCUCGAGAUAACGACUUCUUCCUCAUGAGUCACAACGGGCUGAUAGGUACAACCCGACCAACGCACUAUCACGUCCUCUAUGACGAAAUCGGUUUUACACCGGACGAGUUGCAGCACCUCACGCAUUGCCUCUGCUACAGCUACGCGAGGUGCACAACGGCUGUUUCUGUCGCUGCCCCUGCCUACUACGCGCACUUAGCUGCCCAACACUGCCGUAACUUCGUCGAUUCCGAUUCUUCUGGGUCAGAAUCAUCUUCAAUGACUGCGAGAGCUGGAAGAGUGCACCGACUCCCUGCUUUGAAACCUCAGCUGAACAAGAAAAUGUUCUAUGCUUGAAGUUUUUGCACUAGCAAGUAUGGCUUAAAUUUUGUCUAUUCUUAACCCAACGAGCGCGAGGGCAGCAACGGACCAUCAUCGAGUGAAAUAUCAAAUCGAGGAGGAUCGAAUGGUCUUGUAGGGUUACCUGGAGAAUCUGGAGUGUCUUUUAAUCGUCGAGAUAUUCGGUGUUGUAUUCUUCAGAAGUGGCUUCGUGGAGAGUAAUGGAGGAACGUGUAGUUCAUGUUAAACUAGUGGAUCUUGUUAAAUGUCUCCUAAGCUGCUUCAAAGUCUGUACAGAUACGAAAGAAUCAAGUUCGGUGUAAAAUCUGCGGUCAGAAGGCACUGCUUCAAAUGUACGUUGUAGAAAGCGUAGGAUACUGUACGAAAUUAGUGGAGUAGUUUUUCGUUUAUUGUUAGUCUCGUAGGAAAUUUUUCCAAUGUGUUCAUUAGACACUUAUUCAAUUGAAUCGCAAGUUGAAUCGUCCAUAUUGUGGUUGAG